AUGAGCAAAAAGAGCAUUCUCAACGACUUGAUUGCUGCCACCGAGGCGGAUCUUUCUCUCGCCAAGUCUGUGUCGGCCAGUUCCAAGAAGGCGCGGUUGUUUUCGGAACAGCUGGAGGUGCUGCGAAGUGUGCAGAAAGGGCUGGGUGGACCGCUUAUUUUCAAAGUGGCCGAUCUCAAGAAGUACGUCGACACCAAGUCGCUGGGUGUGCUGGAAACACGCUGGGGCAAAGUGCUGGAUAAACGCCGAAAGGCGCGUGAGGAGGCCGAGGAGGAGAAGCGACAACAGGAAGAAACAGCAGCACGUGAACGAGAGCGGAUCAAGCAGUCUGCUCAGGAUGCAGUGGUGAGGGAACACGAGGAGCUGGUGGAAAAAAUCAGACGGGAAAAGGGCAAGGCUGGAAGAGGGACAAGUGGAUUUACAGAUCCUCUGCAUGGCACAGACUCCUCCAUAGCCACCGUUGAUCUCACUGAUGCAGUUGAUCUGACCGAUGAUGCACCACCACAACAAAUGGCAGUAGCAACUGCCAGCACCUUUUACCCCAAGCAAGGUACUGCUGCACAUGAUCUACUAGUAGCGCUAGUUGGUAUACCCAACCCCACGACUAAGGAGCAGGUUCUCAACAUCACGGGCCCUGGAAAAACCUGGGGUGGAUUAUCAAAGCUGAAGAGCGAGGGGCUCGUCACCACUUCCAAAAUGAACUCGACAUACACCUACAGCUUGACGCCAGCUGGAAAAGACCUCGCCAACAAGUUGAGGAGAUUCUCCACCCAAGAGAAGCGGGUUGGCCAAGAGUUACGGGAGGAAAUCGAACGACAAAAGCGACCAAAGACAGCAAAGAGGGUGGAUAUCCAGGGGUUUUCCGAUAAAUCCAAGCUGGCUUCAUCGCAGCAGGUGACAAAAUUGAAUCGAUAUUCAGCCGACGAAGAUAUGGACGUGCACGUCGUCCCCAUGAGUGAUGGAGCAACAAUGGCAGCAGCGGAACUACGCCAUUCAGGAGUGGUACGACCAAUAACAGAGGCAGCUGAAGUUACGUGGGAACCGUCAUCCUACGAGGUGGUUCUGAUUGUAGACAAACGAGAAAAUAACCGAGAAGAAGCACAGCAGGCCAUCUCCGGACUGAGUCAGAAGAACGUGACAGUAGUUCCUUCAGUGUUGUAUCUGGGCGACUUCUUGUUUGCAGCUCGCCACAAAACUAGCAAGAAAAUCGCCGUUCUGAACACAAUUAUUGAGCGAAAGAGAUACGAUGACUUGAACUCAUCGAUUGUGGACUCUAGAUACGAAGAGCAGAAGAGUCGGCUACGCAAGUGUGGAGUCGAGAACGUUGUUUAUUUGGUGGAACAUUUCUCCAUGUCCCGAGCUGCGGUCCAGAUCCGUGAUAAGGCCAUUGCCAGUAUUCUGGGGCGAGUGGUGGCUAUCGAUGGGUUUUUGUUGAAGAAGACCAAGAGUGUGGCGGAUAGCUGUGACUACAUGGCCAGUCUUUAUGAGUCUGUGAAGAUGUGUUACGAGGGAGUCACUCUGAGCAUAGGGCCCAAGGAGAUUGGAGGCUUCUCUAAAUCUCGUGAUACCUUUUCGACGAUGAUGCUGACGGCCUGGCAGGACAAGAAUCUGAAGUCGAACCAUUCCCUCAAGGUACUAUUCAUUCAGAUGCUCAUGACCAUUAAUGGUAUUUCGGCUGAAAAGGCUCAGGUUAUCCAGAAGCUGUUUCCUACGCCUCGUCAUCUGAUCGACAAGUACAGGGAUUUGGAGGAGUCUCAUGGCAAGGGUUAUUUGGAGUUGCUGACAAGAGGACAAGUUAAGGGUGUGGGGAAGGCUGCCAGUGAAAUGGUGUGGGAGGUUUUUGGUAAAUUAUAG